AGAGAGCGAUUUCCUGUUUUUAUUCAACAGCGUGAAGGGAGGAGCAGAAGUUUGUAACGGAGAGAAGAGAAGGAGGAGAAGAUGGAGGGAUGAGAGGAGGAGGAGAUGAAGAAAAGCAGAGCAGAGAGCUGAACGCUGGCUAAUGUCUGACGGCCAAUCAGAACCCGCUGUAGAACUACUUGAGGGUCCGGCUGCCCAGCACAAUGAGCAGGAAGGACGGCCAGCUGGAGGGUCGCCUUGAUGACCUCCUAUCACGCAUCGCCAUGGAGACGCAGGAGAUCAAAGAGCUAGAGCAGCAGCUGACAAGCAAUCAGAUUCUGGCCAACGAAGCGCUGCAGAGGGAUUUGCAGGAGGCGACUACUGGACUGCAGGAGUACCUGAGAGGGCUGAGGCAGCAGGCCCGGUGCUCUCAGCAGCAGGUCCACAUUCUUCAGGCGGAAAACCAGAGCCUCCGGCGCCUCCUGCAGGACUCCCACACCCACUGCAGGAUGGUGCAGGACCCUCAGCAGGAGGAACUGUCUGCGCUGUGGAUGGAAGUUCAGGCUCUGAGGGUCCGACAGGAGGAGCUGGAGGCGGAGCUUCAGCAGCUGAGGGCAGAGCCAACCCUCCAGGUCCAACUGGACCAGUUAAACCCGACCCGCAUCCAUCUGGAGCGGCUUCCCGACAGUCUAACAGAACCAGAGAACCAGACGGAACCACAGGAUGGAGCCAGAUCUAUAGACUCUCUGAGCACCGAGCGGCUCCAUCGGUCGGCACACCAGAACCGGACCAGCAGGCGUCAGGUCCGACUGGGCCAGAACCAGACGGUGGAGCAGAACCUGGCUUCCAGUCUGGCCUCUCAAGGAACUCAGGACUCCGGUUUGGAGCUGCAGUACCUCAGUUCUCCUGACAGGGGGCGACAUCAAGAAGAGCUUCCUUCAGGAGGACGAAUUCGUCUGGCCCCCAAUAACCCGACUGAAGUUGUCUCAGCUGGGACCUCCCAGGGUCCUCCAGCAGGGGGCAGGAUGUCAAGGCGCAGAGAUAAGCAGGGAGGCAGAUGUGUGUCAGACUGCAUGGAAGAGAAGAAGAAGAUGCAACGGUCCCUGCGGCAACACAGGAGUGUGCUGCAGGUGUGUGAUGAGCUGGUGUGUUUGGAGGAAACUCUGCUGCGGAGAAGGGCAGAGAUUCGCCAGGCCGACCGGCUGCUGCUGGAGGCUCAGAGCUGCCGCCUGACGGCCAGGAGAGAUGCUGACUCGCUGCAGCACCUACUAGACAACAGCGCCAUCUGUCUGCUGGAGACCACACGGCACCUCAGGGAGAUGCAGGAGGGGGCGGAGCUGCUGAAGAGGAAGAGGGAGGAAGAGGAGCAGUGCCUCAGGAAGAUGGAAGAGGAGCUGAGAAGCCGACAAGUGGAGCUGCAGCAGCUAGGGUCAAAGGUCACCAGAGCUGCAAAUAGACUAGCUGAUCUGCUGUCAGACUGUCGGGAGGCUCAGGAGUACCUGGACUAUCUCACCUGUCAGGUAACUGCUGGAGGUUCGAAACCUUCAGCAGGGGGCUCCGUUUACAGCUCGGGGUUUCCUGCAGAAGCAGCGCAGCACCUGGCUGCCAGGGGGCAGCAGAGAGCUGGAGGACAGGAGGAGACGCACUAACAGGUCUGGGACCAGAACGUCCUGUCCGCCCUUCAUCUUCUAAGUGGGCGGAGCUACAGAAGAUGGUGGAGCCAGUGGAGGCCAGGAAGUCACUAAAGGAGGAGCUAGAUGGAAGAGGCGGGAUUAUAAAAGACUGACGAAGAGGAGGAUCUACAGAAAA